AUGUCCGUCUGCAAAGCCUGCGAGGAGCCUCUCUACCUCGAAGUCGACCCCGACUACGACCUAGACCAGGACUCCGAGGACGAAGACUCCAUGGAAACCGGCGGCCCCUCAUCCUCCUCCAACCCUUCAGGUCAACAACCCACCCAAGUCCCCGACGACCUCCUCCUCCCCUGCUCGUGCCACUACCACUGGCAAUGUCUAAUGGACCUCUCCUCAACCGUUGCCAUGUCCCUCCGCUGUCCUUCUUGCAACACUUACCUCCCCACCAACACCUCUUCCGGGUCAUCAUCAAACCAGAACCAGGCUUCUUCAGUACCCAUAAGCGCCACAAACCCUCUCCUCCCCACCUCCCAAGGCCUUGCCAUCUUUUGUCAGUAUCACAACGAAGGCGGCCUCCAAUCCUCCCUCGACAUUUUGCCGGCUCUCACCGAAGAAGCCUACCUCUCCUCCAACCCCAGCGCCAGACCAGCAAGGGCCAUGCACACCAUGGCUUCCGAGGGCGAUUUCGCGGGUAUCAUCGAGCUGUUGACGGACGUCGCGGCUUCUGAUCCUUCAGAUGAAGAUGGAAGUGCGGGAAUCACGCCCAGUGAACUGUUGACGUUCCGCGACCCGCUGAACGAGGGCAAGACGGCGUUGCAUCUUGCUGUGGAGAAUGGGCGCGAAGAAGUGUUUUGGCUUUUGCUUUGGUUGGGCAGUGGGCUGCCGACCGAGGUGUUUCCCCCGGAGGUGGUGCAGGUUGCGAAUGGGGUGGGCGUGGGGGAGAGGAGGGAGCAGGUUGGGCAGGAGGAGGAUGUGAGGUGGGUUAGGGAUGAGAGGGGAAGGGGUGUUAAGGAGGUUUGUGCGGAGGUGGGUGGCAGGUGGGGGGAGUAUAUGGCGGGGGGUUUGUUUGAUUAG